AGUUGGGGUCUGGGGGUUCCCCAUGGGCUCUAGAUCUGUGCCUGUGCCCCAGGUUCCCCUCAGAUGUGUCCCGCACAUGUUCCUGCACACCAGUUCACCCCCAGAUGUGUCACACGUGUGCCCACACCUCAGGCCACCCCAGAGCCACCGUGUUACCCCAGGGACGUUCCCCAGUGCCACCCGAGACACCUUUCCCUACUCARGAUCCUCCUUGGGAGGGGCGUGGGAAAGAGAAGGAUCUCCCUGCAGGGAUGGAGGGGCGCGGGGAGGAGGCGCCAGAGCCRGAGGUGUCGGAGCCGUCGGAGGAGGAUGAGGAGGAGGAGGAGGACGAUGGUUCUGGGGUGCGAGUGACACCGGCGCUGCUCAAGGCCACCACRGGCGAGUUCUCACUGGAGUCCAUCCUGCUGCUGCGGUUGCGUGGCCGCGGCAUUGCCCACCUGGGCUGCCUGGCCGACUGCUCCAACCUGGAGUGGCUGGACCUGUCCGACAACGCCAUUGCGGGGCUGGCGCCGCUGGCCACGCUGCGCGCCCUGGCCGUGCUCAACCUGGCCGGAAACCGCGUGGCCAGCGUGGAGCCGCUGCGGGGCUGCCGCAGCCUGCGCCAGCUCAACCUGGCCGGGAACCGCCUGCGCAGCCUGCGCCAGCUGCGCUGCCUGCAGGGRCUGCGGCACCUGGAGAGCCUGCGGCUGCGGGACCCRCUGGGCAACCUGGGCAACCCGCUGUGUGCCACGCCCACAUACCGCGCCGCGCUGGCUGCCAUGCUGCCCGGCCUCAAGGCCAUCGAUGGGCAGCGCGUGGCCGGCCGCGGCAGCGAGCUCUUCCGCCUGUGCCGCGAGCUGGACGCCGCGCUGGACGCUGACGCCGCGCCUGCCGCACCCGCAGAGCCGCCGCAGCCRUGGGUGCAGGCUGGAUUCUGGGAGCCACGGCCACCGCGCCGCAGCGCUGUGCUGGAGGAGGCCACGCGGCAGCUGGGCCAGGCCCUGCGCGAGUGCCGCGAGCUCGGCCGCCGCGCCGACGACUCCAUCGCACAGGCCCAGCGCGCGCUCGGCCGCUGCCACCACGGCAACUUCGGCUUCUGAGUGCGGCGGGACUGGAGGGCGAACAGGGCCAGGGGACACCUGGAGCUGCCAGAGACCAUGGUGUAGCCAGGAUCCCCCCCAGAGGCACCAAAGCCUGGAGCCUUCKUUGUCUGAGCUGUGGGGGAUGCCAAAGAUGGGAUUGGAGAACCCCCAAAACCACCAGGGCCCAAAGCCUUCCUCAUCUGAGCCACAGGACUUCAAAAACUGGACCAGGAGAAUCCCUGGAGCCACAAGAGCCAGAGCUGUGGGACCCCGAAACCAGGGCUGGGAGAGCCCUGGAACCAUCACCAGGCCAGAUCCAUCUUCAGAACUGUGAGAUCCCAAAAACAGGUCUCCCAGACCCUCAGUGCCACCACAGCUCAACUUCAUUUUCUGAGCCACGGGACCCAAAAAAUGGAUCCAGUAGAACCCAUAGAGCCACCACAGGCCACAGUGUCACCAUGAGAGUCCCAGAGCCACCAUGAGCCUGUCUCCUUCAUCUGAGCUGUGGGACCCCCCCCACUGGAACUGGGGUACCCACCACAGCCUGCUCCAGGACUAUGGGACUCCCCAGUGCCACCACAGCCUGGCACCUUCCUCUUCUGAGACACAGGACCCCCAAAAUGGGGCUGAGGGACCCAUAGAGCCACCCCCCCAGCUCAGCACAGCAUCCCCAGGGAGCACCAGAGGAGCUGUGGGGAGUGCGGCCUUGGCUGUGGGACACCUUGGGGAUAGGAGACACGGUGGCAUUGUGCAUUAAACAUGUCCCACCUU